AUGGUGUUUGAAGAAAGGACAGAGAAAAAUGGAGUGAAAUUCAUCGCCAACAUCACGCGUGUCCCAGAGGUUACACAUUCUUUCUUCGAGUGGAAUUUUGUGCCACCUACCUACUUCUAUAGGUCAACGAUGGCAGGAAGUUCUAUACAAGAGAAAUUGAAAAGCCAAGAAGAAAGGGAUAUAUUUGAGAUCACGAAGCAUGACAGUGUCUAUCACUCGUUCGCCAACGUUUCUAUGACAGAAAUUGAGACCAGCAAACGUGUAAAGGACGCUAUGAAGAAACUACAACCAUAUGCUGUACCUAAACUGGAGACACUGAGACAUGGUGCUAAUCAGUCAGAUAUCGAAAAAUACAGACAAUACUUAAAAAAUCUGGACAUCAUGGGCAUGACCAUGCCUGCAUUUUUAAGUGAUUAUAAGAACCCAUGUUGGAAGGAAGCACCGGGUCCGUCGUCUUACUGUAGACUUUUAGCUCCAAAGAAAAGACAUUCGCCAGUUCGAGCCACUCCAGUUCUGCGCUGCUUGCCGUACUUUAUUUUCAUUGGUCAACCCAAAUGUGGCACAACUGGCAUAUACCAUCGUCUUGGAAAACACCCGGAUGUGACUCUACCUAACAAUAAGGAACCUUUCUGGUUCAACAGGAAGCGGUUUUUUAAAGAGUGCUCCUCGGUGUCGACGUAUUUGGAUUUUUUUCAAAGACAUACUGAAAUCAUCGAGAGAAGAUUCCAGGAAAAUGGUUCGACAAAUGUACAGUUUCAUCACAUGGUUACAGGAGAAGGCAGUGUUGACAUCAUGUGGGACAACCAUCUAUGGCAGGAUCUUCCCCGCAACAGCAAGUGUACAGAGCCUUGUCUCACAAACGCUGACUACAUACACCACCUCAACCCCGGCACCAAGAUCAUUGUGGCUCUCAGGAAUCCUGUAGACAGAGUCUAUUCCGACUACCUCUAUGAGCUCAAAUAUCUCAAAUACAAACCAGACACAUUGGAUUUUCACAAGAGGAUCAUCCAGGCUAUUUAUCGUUUCAAGGGUUGUUUGAAACAUUAUUCUCUAAGACGCUGUGUAUACGACUCCAAACUGGAGAACGCAAUGUCCUUUGUUCGUCCAAUCAUUGGAAUAUACCACGCCUUCCUCGAGGAUUGGUUGAAAGUUUUUCCACGUGACCAGGUACACGUGAUCAGGUUUGAGGAUUACGUAGCCAACACACGUGGAGAGAUGGAAAAACUGUUCGACUUCCUUUCUCUGAGUCAACUUUCUGAAUCUCAAUGGAUGGAUGUUCUCAACAAAACGCAAUCCAAUCCACGACCCAAGUCCAGCCGAAACACGGGCAACAUGAACAACGAUACCAGGACGAUAUUAGAGGAGUUCUAUGAACCUUAUAACCAGAGACUUGCCCAACUGUUAGCAGACGAAGCAUAUUUAUGGAGAGAUUGA